GGUAAAUAAAGACCGUCUUCUGAAUCACUUGCCGUGUCCGAUCUACCCGUUUAGUUGAUAUUCAAGUUCAAGCCCGCGUACCACGUGAGCGUUUCUGGGACUGAAGUUGAUAUUAAUUCAUUUUUGCGCAAGCCGCAGCUGUUUCAAGGACGUUAGGACAACGGGGUUUUGAGCUCACUCCAGUAUGCCGGCUAAGAAAGAUCCAACCACCUGGCUGAACAGUGCCUUCUUCGAGCGGAUACUGCGGGAAGCAACGGAGGAUGCUUCCGUUACGGUGGAGGAUUUCUUUAUCAACUUGCACGCGAAUGCUGCGGAACAUUACGCCAGCACGAUCUACAAGGUGCACGUCAGCUAUCAGCACCAGGGGCAGAUGGAGUUUGUGGCGCUGGUGGUGAAGUUGAUCGCGUCCAAGACGGACCAAAAGCCGGACGAUUCGGCGUUCGAGAACGAGCUGAAUCUGUACAAGAAUCUGGUGAGUCCGAUGCAGAAGAUGCUGAAGAAGGCGGGCGUUGCGGAUGCGCAGCUGGCGCCGAACCUACUAUACGCAUCCACUGAACCGCAACCGGUUAUCAUUCUGGAAGAUGCGCAAUCCCUGGACUACGAAACGCGCAAAGGUCUUUUUGAUCUGGAAAACUCCAAAGUGAUCUGUACGAAGCUUGCAAAGUUCCACGCGGCGUCCUACAAGCUUCUGCAGGAUGGGAAGAGUGAUACCUUGGGUAACUUAUCGCAUGGUCUGUUUCAAGCCAAACCAACAAAAGGUACCAGAUUUAUGAAGGAAAGCUUUAACAUCUUCACGGAAGAGUUGGCUAAAUGGGAGGGCUACGAGGUGUAUGCUGAGAAGUUCAAGAACUUGCUGCCCAAUUUCUUUGUUAGAGGUGCCCAAAUUUACAACCAAUCGAACAGUAGCGGUAUGAUUAAGGUCCUGAACCAUGGAGACUUUCACUACAACAACAUGCUGAUGAGGCUUGACGAGAAUAGGUCAUCGCUGCAGGACAUUCUACUCGUCGACUUCACGCUCAGCUUCUGCGGUAGUCCCGCAGUCGAUCUGUUCUACCUGCUGUACCUCGUAUGCGAAGGUGUGGCGCGCGAUGGUCACCGGCAAGAACUGAUCGCGCUGUACCACCAGCAGCUGGUGGCAACUCUCGAGCAGAUUGGUCACGCCGGACCGGUUCCCACACUGGCCGACCUCAACGAAGAUCUGGUCAAAUGUGGCUUCCUGGAGGUCGCGAUCGUCGUGUGUUUCGUGCCGUUUUUGUACGCCAGCUUCCUCGCCGCCCAAAACACCUUCGACAGCUGCAAGGAUGCUACGCAGUACCGGCGGCAACUUUACAACAAUCCGAAGUAUCGGGAGAUCAUAGAACCGUUGUUGCCAAUGUUCUUGCAGAACGGCGCGUUGGAUUAGUUGGUUGGAAUUCUACUAGAAUCUAGAGUAUCUUGGUGGUCAACUAUAGGUCUAAGUGUUGUCAAAUAUGUAAAAAUAAAACAAAACUUUUUUCGUUGUGUUGA